AUGCAGCUCCGCCGCGCGACGAUGGAGGACAUGUACCAGAUGCAGCACUGCAACCUGCGGUGCCUGCCGGAGAACUACAACAUGCGGUACUACCUCUACCACAUUCUUUCCUGCCCGCAGCUGCUGUACGUACAGGAGGACUACAACCACAACGUGGUGGGCUAUGUGCUUGCAAAGAUGGAGGAGGAGAGGCCGGAGAGCAUCUACGGCCACAUCACAAGUAUCUCGGUACUGCGAAGCCACCGCCGGCUCGGCAUUGCGUCACGCCUGAUGCUGGCUGCCAUGCGAGAGAUGCAAAAGGAGUACGACGCCGACUUCUGCUCCCUGCACGUUCGGAAGACCAACGACGCGGGGCUGCACUUGUACCAGGACACGCUUGGCUUCCGCUGCGCCAACGUGGAGAAGGGGUACUACGUCGACGAGGAGGACGCGUUUCACAUGAAAAAGUUUUUCAAGGGGCCAAAUCCGGGCCUGUACGUGGCGGCAAACCGACAGCUCGUGCGCCAACAGAACUUAGCUGCGGCUGCUGUGGCAGGGACCACUGCACCCCACCAGAACGCCGCGGCAGCGGCACCACCGCCAUCACCGCCACCACCGCCUUCCUCAGCGGGCGGGCAUCGGGGGGGAAAGAGACGGCCGGCAGAGAUUGAGAAGGAGCAGCUGGAGCUUGUGGCGGAACUCUUGGAGGCGUCCAAUAAUGGCUCGGGGAAGGGACGGCAGCAGAAAAGCGGCGGUGGCCAACGUGGCAAAAAUAAAAAAUGA